UGCCAGGGGCGAGACGUCAAACAUGGCGGAGGCGGCGGCGCUGCUGUAAUUCGCUUUUCUGACGGCGCAGACGGGGACGUUCAACUUGUCCUGUGCCAUUACCCGAGAUGUUCUAGCGUCGCCGGGAGCGCGGGGUAGGCUUCGCGAGUCGCCGCAAGCCAAGCAGACGUGCGUGAACCGGUGCGGCCAAGGCGUGCGUACCCACAGUUAACCGUUGUCGGAUAGAUUUCUUAACCCAGGCAGGGGCGACCUCGGCCGCAGGGAGAAGAAGGCCGCAAGAGAGUCGGUCUUCGGACUCUGAGCUUCACGGACGAGGUCGAGGAAAGGAAGACGACGAGGAGGCGCCAUGGCUGAUGAAAACGAGCUCAUCAGCUCAGCGGAGAUCAUUAAAGACCGCCUGUACUUCAGCACGCUGCGUAGUAAGCCGCGCAGCACGGCGAACACACACUACUUCAGCACGGACGAUGAGCUGGUCUACGAGAACUUUUAUGCAGAUUUUGGGCCCUUGAACCUGGCCAUGCUAUAUCGCUUCUGUUGCAAGCUCAAUAAGAAACUCAAGUCCUUCUCUCUGGCACGCAAGAGGAUCGUGUACUAUACGGGGCCUGACCAACGCAAACGAGCCAAUGCAGCUUUCCUCAUCGGCUCUUACGCAGUUAUCUACUUGAAGAGGACACCUGAGGAGGCGUACCGCCCUCUAGUGGCUGGUAACACACCCCCUUACCUGCCCUUCAGAGAUGCUUCAUUCGGACCAUGCAGCUUCAACCUGACCCUCCUUGACUGUCUGCAGGGGGUCGGCAAGGCACUGCAGACUGGCUUCCUGGACUGUACGCGUUUUGACUUAGAAGAGUAUGAGCAUUACGAGCACGUUGAGAAUGGAGAUUUUAACUGGAUCGUACCCGAGCGGUUCCUGGCAUUCAGCGGUCCCCACCCAAAAAGCAAAGUGGAAAACGGCUACCCACUACAUUCUCCAGAGUCCUACAUCCCGUACUUCCGUAAGAACGGCGUCACCACCGUCAUCCGGCUCAACAAGAAGAUCUACGACGCGCGGCGCUUCACGGACGUGGGGCUGGUGCACCACGACCUGUUCUUCCCGGACGGCAGCUCCCCGAGUCCCGAUAUCGUGCGCAAGUUCUGUGAAAUCUGCGAGGGCACGCGGGGCGCCGUCGCCGUGCACUGCAAGGCGGGGCUGGGCCGCACAGGCACGCUCAUCGCAUGCUACCUCAUGAAGCACCACCGCCUCACGGCUGCCGAGGCCGUCGCUUGGAUCCGCAUAUGUCGGCCGGGCUCCAUCAUCGGGCCCCAGCAGCACUUUCUGCUCGAGAGGCAAUCCGGCCUGUGGGCUCAGGGGGAGGCGUUCCGUGCCAAGCAGCAGCGUGUGGGCUCGGGCCCCACGGGACGCGAGGGCACGGCGCUGGGCGUGUCGCGGAUCUUGGCGCGUGUCGAUGACAUCAGUCUACGCGACCCGCUCGGCCCCAUCUCCCCCUCAUCAUCGCCAUCACUGCACGCCACGCAGAUCGAAGACUAUGAGGUGCAGGUGGAGGGCAUGGGCCGUGGUGGCCCCACACAGGGAGACAAACUCCGCGCUCUUAAAAACCGGCGACACACUCGGCAUGCUGCCACCACCGGCCCCACCGCCACCAGCAGCAGCAGCAGCAGCGCUGGCAGUGGCAGCAGCAGCAGCGGCGUCACCACACGGCACUCGGCAGCCUUGCUCACCAGUGGAAACUUGAGGCGGGGAGAGACACGCAUGAACACGCGCUCCUCUUCCCAACAGCUGAGGACGGCGACGGUGCAGGGCGCUGCCGCCGCUUCCACGUCAUCAUCGUCACUGUCGCCGUCGUCUCCGGUGAAAUCGGCAAAGUCUCCAGCAUCGUUGGGCGUCCAGAGCAGUGCCCGUGUCACCCGGCACUCCACCGGGGGAGGGGGCCACUCCGCCCUCAAGAGUUUUGUACUCAACCCGCGACUGAGCGGUUCCCUUGGGAACCUGUCCAACGAUCGCGAUGUCACCAUCACGGUUUCCAAUUCGUCAAGAGCCUCGGCCAAUCACGUGUCGACGCUGCGCCGCUCGGCCAAUCAGUUUAGCUCCACGGAUCGUGAUGACUGGGGAGUGGGCGGCGUUGGUGGAUUUGGUGGCGGCUGCGUCAUCUUCUCGCCCGACACCCGUGGGAGAAUUUCGGGUGCUGCUGACACCACCCAUAAUGCACCGGGGGCUGUGGCACUUGCCCCUCGACAGCUCGGCCGCUACUCUUCAAGGCCGGCAACGGAGGAGGGAGCGGUGUGGGAGGCAGCUGCCCCCGGUCAGCCAUGCGCCGUCUCUACAGCCAUCACGGAGCCAGUACUAACGACCCCUGAACUCCCAAGAUGCUUUGCGGUGGAAGGGGCUACAGUUGGGCCUGGGGUGCAUGCGAAGUGACAUCAUCGCAUACUCCGCCAUCAACUCUCGUACACGUGUGUGUACCCAUGCGUGUACACAUACCUAAUGUGUGGAUAUGAUACAUAUCUGUGGACAAUACAAGCUUUGUAUAUGUACAUACGUGUUUAUACUUACAUCUAUACACGUGUGCGUGCAUACACACCUCUUUGAUGUAUGUGUAUGGUACGUAUCGAUGUAUAGUACAUAUUUCCCAGUAUGUGUACGUACGUAUAUGUAUCUAUGUACGUACUAGGGUUGUUAAGAUAGUUUUUUUUACUUUACUGGUAAUCGCAUGAAAUAAAAUGGUUACCGGUUUGCGGCACAUAGAAAUGUCUAGAGUUAAGGACACAAAAUGUGUUUAGUUUUUUAACCCUUUCCCGUUCUGAGAUGUCUGCAAAUUGCAGCAUGGGUUCUGUUCACCGCUGAACCUCCGAACACGCAAGUGGUUCAACGUUACUUUAUUUAGAGAGGCAUAGCACCGUUGUUUUUAAAGUCGUGCUCUCCGCAGAGAGAACUGUAGUGACAUGACCUCACUGUAUUAUAGCUGGCGCCAAACUGCCACACCCCCAUGAUCUUGUGGGAUCCUCGAUAUGACAAAAUUAUUUUAUUAUACGUGUAUGUCUCGGUAGCAAAACUGAUUACAUACACCUACGUCAUUGGAAUGGGAAAGGGUUAAUUGAGAAAUGAAGGCAGCUUCCACCGGGGUGGUGUAGCAGUCAGCACACUGGUACUUGCAAUGCAGAGAUCGCCAGUUAAAUUCCAUCUAGUGGCACGGCCGUUGAAACAACACCCCCCCCCCCCCCCCCCACAAUUUAUUAUGUCCACCCACCAGUGUACAUGAGUGCACCACAGUCGAUCGGCAGGUUUUGUGUGGUGGGGUAAAGUGUGGGUACGUCCACCUUUUCGAGUACGACUGGUCAGUGAGGAAUAGUAGAACAAAUACCACCAGAGGUACUUCAAGUGGAGGCCCUUCUGCCAGCAGUGGUGUGAGCGGACACUUGCAGGGCUGCACCUUUACCUCUUAACUGAGAAACAAGCAACGUUCCACGCGGUGACUAAUGCCUGCCACCAUCCUUUCCAUAUGUCCGCCGCCCUCUCCUUACGUCAGUCGCACGUGCCAAUCAGUUGAUUACAAAAAUUCUACUGAAAUGCAUUACGGGUUCUGAUAUUCGUAACCAGUUACCGAUUCCGAAAACUGUUCCCAGUUUACCGGUUACUGUUUGACAACCCUAGCACAUACACACACACAUGUAGGUCAGGCAUAUAAAUAUUCCCCCCCCGGGUAUUGAAUGAAGGGUUCCGGUUUGAUUUAAGAAUAGAUUAUUGUCUCGUUUGUAUUGUUUCUCGUUUUGUCUCAUUUCAUUAACCUGUAUGAAAAAUUAGCAGAUCAUUUGCAUCGUAUUUUUAUAAUGAAUUUUCAUGAACUUGAGAAUGGAUUUUAAUUGGUGAAUCGUUAUGUGCCUAAUCUAUACUCCUUCGUAUAUAUACACACGUACAUACGCUAGCACAUAGCUAUAAUGUAUAUACAUACAUUUAUACACGUACACAUUACAUACUAGCAUGGCUGAAUAAUCCCUGCUGUUGUAUAAAUUAUAGGAUAGUUCCAUUAGUGAGCAUCUGUUUGGAGUGACAAUACUCGAGGGAGUGAAUGCAAAGCCACGUAUGUAUAUGCAUAGCUCAUACGUGCAGAAACAGCUAGUAGGAGUACUUGGGAUAAGUCCAGACACCAAUCAAUGUUCUCUACUAUCAAUGCUCCCCACCUACACCAACCCACAAUGACUUGCACGGUAAAGUAUGGUUAAACAACCCACCGUGGCCCGCACAGCGUGCUGAAGGCACUCUUUAAUCAGUGGAUUGACACAAGGGCCGUCCGCGUUUAUACACAUUUACAGUUUGUAAAGUUGAAAUGGGUCAAAUAUGGCGCUAUAUAAGGUGGGGUUGGGAUCGAAGUAUAAUUGUUUUUUAACGAGCGGGAGUAUUCUAUGCAAAAAAGCUAAUUAAGUGUAGAAGUUUGUGGCCGGUGUUCGUAGGUCUAACGUAGAAGUUUAGGCCCAAAGAACCUGAUUCACAAACGACGCGACACAUCGACCCUUUUAAAUAACGCGCCAAAAUUGUAUCAACCCUGGUGGGUGGGUUAAUGGGCUAUCAACCCCCCCCAACCAACAUUUGUACGGUGCUUACAAACUUCAAAUUGCGAUCCACUCUACCACUGAGCCACUCGGCCAGAUUCUAAUCUUGUGAUAUAUUAAGCAAUGUCGACAAACAAUUGGUUAAAUUAUACGUUCAAACUUUGUACUAAAGCAUAACUGAGUAUCUGAGUGAGCACUGCUCUCAAGAUCGCUUCACCUGCAACACAAGACGUUGUAGAGACAUCGCAUUGACGACAGCAAUAAGAACGAUAAAGUACCAACCAUGAAUAAAGCAGCAGUACACAACACGCUUUGCACUACCACAGUCGCGAUUACCGUUGAUGUUUUAAAGUACACUAACAUAUAUAUGUAACACGCAUGUACACGAGUUUUCAAGUGCACCCGAAGGCGGAGUGAGCUUUUGACACUGAACUAGCCAAUAAUGAUUAUAUUUGCGAAUUAAUGGUUUUUACAAAAACGUGUGUGCAGCAUUCAGUGGGAACGUGACGUUUAGCAUGUAUUGUUGGGAUAUGCUAAUCAUGUUUGCGAGAAGCUUUAAAAAAAAUCCUUUUUCGUUUAAAAUCCGAAACGUCACGACCACGACGGUAUUGUCUGACGAUCACGUGGGGGCCUGUGCCCACGUGGAGAUACGCGUCUGGACGGCGCCGCGAGAUUGUGCGUCAAGCCGAACAUGGUUAUAUUUUUAUACCCACAAACAGUACCCAUAUGCAAGUAUUUCUUAUCCAAUUUAUAAAAUGUAAAAGUAACCACCACAAAGGGCGGGACUGUGCACAAUAUUAGUAUUUUUAUAUUGUCACCACCGGAGUAACGAUUGCGAGAUUGUUCCAUGUUUAACGUCGAUCGACCGGAAUAUUCACUGUCGAAUUGUCCCUGUUGAUCAUCUGGACGCGUUGAGCCCAAUUUUUGUGCAAUGUGAAUGGGUCUGUUGGGGGCUGAAUGUUCUAUUACUUUGGCGGGAAGAAAAUAAGGGGGGCCUCUUUCCACCGUCCACCUCCCUUUCUACCCUAAGUGUAGGGUGUAGCAACCAAUGUGUAUUAUUAAACCUCUCGAGACUG